AUGAUUCAAAAAGAGAGUCUUGAAAACGAUAAAGCCACAAGAUUGUUAAAAUCAACAGUUUUUGAUAAACAAGUGGAAAUCAACUUUCAUUUGGACACGAUUGCUUCAUUGAAAAAGGAAUUAGAGUUAACAAAAAUUGAGAAUGAAAGAAUUGAUAAGAAGUUGAUGAGUUAUGUUGCAUCUUCAUAUGUGAUUGAUCAUAUUGUCCCGCAACAACCAGAUGCAACACCUAAGUAUCCAGAUGGGGUGGAAACUGCUUUGAACCUCAAACUAAGAACCAUUGAGAAUGAGUUGCCUGAGAGUAUUGAUGUUACAUUCUCUCCGUCCGACACGGAUAAUGAGUCACAGGUAAUCAAAACCGUUGUUGACCAAGUGUUAGACGAAGAGAGUGAUAACUCGGAGAUUGAGAUUGUCAAAACUCAUUUUGAGAACUCCAAUUCUGAUACUAAAGAAGAUGGUAACUUCUUAGACAGAUUUAUACCAAAAUCAGACAAAGUCGCGAAUGAUUAUUCGAUCAUUGUGGUUUACACAAUGAUUGGAACUGGGAAACUUUAUUCUGAUUUUGAGUAUCCACUUCAAAAUGCCAGAAUUGAGAAUUUUGAAAAAGUGUUUAAAUUGGUCGAGAUUGACAUUUCUGAGAAAGAGUGGGUGGACAAUGGUGGUAAUAACAAGAGAAAUGAAAACAAGUUCAAAAACAAAGGGGUUGGAUUUGAAAAGAAAAUGGAUAAGAAGAAUGUCAAGUCAAAGGAAAAGAUGAGUGAUGUUUUCGUUGUUGGUCCUAGUGUUGAUGCUGAAAAAGAGUAUAUUUUCAGUCAAAAAGCCAUUGAUGAUUUCAAUGCAGCGAAGAAGUUGAGAGAAGAGACAUACAAAACAACUUUUGUCGAAUAUGACAAAAGAAUUUGUUACCGCUGCAAUGAAAUUGGUCACAUGGCCAAGCAAUGCAUGAAAAAGCUUGAGAAACCUGUUUUACAAAAACCCAAAUCUAAAGCUCCGACUGAUGUUAAGGGUAAAAAACCCAUGGUUUCCCCCGUUCGAAUCUUGAAAAGAGUUGAGGCAAAGAAGAUGGAAAGUGUUUUGAACACUGAACCAAAAGUUUUUAAAGAUGAUGUUGAAAAACUUGAAUUUGAACUUGAUAAGCCUCUUGAGGAAUUUCCUCCGAUUAAGAAGGAAGAUUUAAAACCAAAAGUCAAAACUGAUGUUCCGAAUUUCAUUUUUAACAUUCCGAAAGUUAAUGUGACAUGUGAUAUUGUGUUUGGUAGUGUUUCAACUGGGCUUCCAAGAUCGAUAAUCUCGAAGUGGAUAAUGGACAGCGGAGCUUCAAGGCACAUGACCGGAAUGUUAGCAUUGCUCUAUGACGUUAAAUCUAUUAACGGAGGAUAUGUGGGAUUUGCUGGGAAUCAGGGUGGAAGGAUAGUCGGUCAAGGGACUCUAACGAAUGGAGUCAUUACGUUUGAUAAAGUAAACUAUAUAAUCGAACUUGAAAACAAUCUGCUGAGUAUCUCACAGAUUUGUGACAAAUCUUUUACAGUACACUUUACUAAAAAUGAAUAUCUAAUCAUAAAACCUGGUUUUAAAAUUCCUGAGGAGAUGGUGUUGAUGCGAGCUCCCCGAGAAAAUGACUUGUAUGUACUCGAUAUAAGCAUCGCAACAACAACAGAUCAUAAAAAACAGUGUUUUGUGAUAAAAACAAAGGCAACAGAAAAAGAGUCAAUAAUGUGGAAUCGAAAGAUGGGCCACAUUCAUGUUAGAAAAAUGAACUUUCUUGUACACAAUGAUUUAGUUGAAGGUGUGAAUCUUAAAAGUUUUCAUUUAAAUGAUGAUUGUGUAGAGUGCAAGAAAGGAAAGCAGACAAAGAAGUCACACCCGCAGAAGUUGCUGAAUUCAAUCAGAGUACCGCUCGAGAGACUCCAUAUGGAUCUCUUUGGGCCGGUUAAUGUGAAAAGUUUCAAUGGAGACUUGUACUAUCUUGUGGUUACUGAUGACUUCACAAGGUUUUCGUGGGUGGUGUGCAUGGAAAGAAAAGACCAAACUUUUGGGUCGCUGAUGAUCCUAUUCAAGAAGAUGGAAACACUAUAUAAGCUGCCGAUCAGAAGAAUAAGAAGCGAUAAUGGAACGGAGUUCAAAAAUAAUCGAAUGCUCUAG